UCACGUGCGCCCCCGCUUGCCUGUCAGUCACGGGGGCGAGGCAGCUCGGGCUGUCGCUUGGGAGAUGGCGGUGGAGACUCUGUCCCCGGACUGGGAGUUUGACCGCCUGGACGACGGCUCGCAGAAAAUCCAUGCUGAAGUUCAGCUGAAGAAUUAUGGGAAAUUUCUUGAGGAGUACACAUCCCAGCUAAGAAGAAUUGAAGAUGCGCUGGAUAGCUCUGUUGGCGAUGUUUGGGACUUCAGGCUUGACCCUAUAGCACUAAAGUUGUUGCCUUAUGAACAGUCUUCCCUUCUGGAACUCAUAAAGACAGAAAACAAGGUCUUAAACAAAGUCAUCACUGUGUAUGCUGCUCUUUGUUGUGAAAUCAAGAAGUUAAAAUAUGAGGCUGAAACUAAAUUUUACAAUGGUCUUUUGUUUUAUGGGGAAGGAGCCACAGAUUCUAGCAUGGCGGAAGGUGAUUGCCAGAUUCAGAUGGGGAGAUUCAUUUCCUUCUUACAGGAACUCUCUUGUUUUGUGACAAGGUGCUAUGAAGUGGUGAUGAAUGUAGUCCAUCAACUGGCUGCCCUUUACAUCAAUAACAAGAUCGCACCCAAAAUCAUAGAAACAACUGGAGUUCACUUUCAGACUAUGUAUGAGCACUUGGGAGAGCUGCUGACAGUUUUACUCACCCUGGACGAAAUUGUUGAGAAUCAUGCCACCUUGAAAGAUCACUGGACAAUGUAUAAAAGGUUACUAAAGUCUGUCCACCACAAUCCUUCAAAAUUUGGGAUCCAGGAGGAAAAACUGAAGCCGUUUGAGAAGUUUUUGCAAAAGCUCGAAGGGCAGUUACUUGAUGGAAUGAUAUUCCAGGCCUGUAUAGAGCAACAGUUUGAUUCCCUUAAUGGAGGAGUGUCCGUGUCAAAGAAUAGCACUUUUGCUGAAGAAUUUGCACAUAGUAUACGCACGAUUUUUGCAAACGUUGAAGCUAAACUUGGCGAACCCUCCGAAAUUGACCAGAGAGACAAAUACGUUGGAGUCUGUGGACUUCUGGUGUUGCACUUCCAGAUUUUUCGGACUGUGGAUAAGAGACUGUACAAAUCUUUACUGGACAUUUGUAAGAAGGUUCCGGCCAUCACUUUAACUGCUAACAUAAUUUGGUUUGCGGAUAACUUUUUGAUCCAGAAAAUGCCAGCAGCUGCCAAGCUCCUUGACAAAAAAAGCCUUCAUGCCAUUAAAACGCACAGGGACACUUUUCUGCAACAAAAGGCCCAGUCGCUUACCAAAGAUGUACAGUCGUACUACGUCUUUGUUAGCUCAUGGAUGAUGAAAAUGGAAUCCAUUUCAUCUAAAGAACAGCGAAUGGAUAAGUUUGCUGAAGACCUCACCAAUAGAUGCAAUGUUUUUAUACAGGGUUUUUUAUAUGCAUACAGCAUUAGCAACAUUAUUAAGACUACCAUGAAUCUCUACAUGUCCUUGCAGAAACCUAUGACCAAAACUUCUGUCAAAGCCUUGUGCAGACUUAUUGAGCUUCUCAAGGCCAUAGAGCAUAUAUUUUACAGAAGAAGUAUGGUUGUGGCUGAUUCUGUUUCUCACAUAACCCAGCACCUUCAGCAUCAAGCUCUUAAUUCUAUUUCUGUGGCCAAGAAAAGGGUCAUUUCGGACAAAAAGUACAGCGAGCAGCGCCUCGAUGUCCUCUCUGCUCUCGUGUUGGCUGAGAACACUUUGAAUGGGCCCAGUACCCGUCAGAGGCGCCUCAUCCUUUCCUUGGCUCUGAGUGUGGGCACCCAGAUGAAAACAUUUAAGGAUGAAGAGCUACUCCCUCUCCAAGUAGUGAUGAAAAAACUGGAUCUAAUUAGUGAACUAAGAGAAAGAGUCAGAACGCAGUGUGACUGCUGUUUCCUGUACUGGCAUCGAGCUGUCUUCCCGAUUUAUUUAGAUGAUGUCUAUGAGAAUGCUGUUGAUGCAGCUAGAUUGCAUUACAUGUUCAGUGCUUUACGGGACUGUGUACCUGCUAUGGUGUGUGCGAGACAUUUAGAGUCUUAUGAAAUCCUUCUGAAUUGCUAUGACAAGGAGAUUAUGGAGAUUUUAAACGAGCAUCUGUUGGAGAAGCUGUGCAGAGAGAUUGAGAAGGACCUGCGUCUGUCUGUGCACACCCACCUCAAGCUGGAUGACCGAAACCCUUUCAGAGUCGGCAUGAAAGACCUGGCCCUUUUCUUCUCUCUGAACCCCAUUCGUUUCUUCAAUCGCUUCAUUGACAUCAGAGCUUUUGUGACACACUAUUUGGAUAAGACUUUCUACAACCUAACAACGGUCGCUCUUCAUGACUGGGCCACUUACAGUGAAAUGAGAAAUUUAGCCACUCAGCGUUACGGCUUGGUCAUGACGGAGGCCCAUCUCCCCAGCCAGACUUUGGAACAGGGUCUGGAUGUUCUGGAAAUCAUGAGAAAUAUUCACGUAUUUGUGUCUCGGUACCUCUACAACCUCAAUAAUCAGAUAUUCAUUGAACGGACUAGCAACAACAAGCAUUUGAAUACGAUUAACAUCCGACACAUUGCAAAUUCAAUUCGCACCCAUGGGACAGGAAUCAUGAACACCACAGUUAAUUUCACCUACCAGUUUUUGAGAAAGAAGUUCUAUAUAUUUAGCCAGUUUAUGUAUGAUGAACACAUCAAAUCUAGAUUGAUCAAAGAUAUCCGGUUUUUCAGGGAAGUGAAGGACCAAAAUGAUCACAAGUAUCCUUUUGAAAGAGCAGAAAAAUUCAAUAGAGGAAUCAGAAAACUUGGAAUAACACCAGAUGGGCAGAGUUACCUCGAUCAGUUUAGACAGCUCAUCAGCCAAAUAGGUAAUGCGAUGGGCUACGUGCGAAUGAUCCGGUCGGGUGGGCUCCACUGCAGCAGCAAUGCCAUCAGGUUUGUUCCUGAUCUUGAGGAUAUUGUCAAUUUUGAAGAACUAGUUAAAGAAGAAGGGCUUUCAGAAGAAACACUCAAAGCAGCAAGGCAGCUGGACUCCGUCCUCAGUGAUCACACCCGGAAUUCUGCAGAAGGCACAGAGUAUUUCAAAAUGCUCGUGGAUGUGUUUGCUCCUGAGUUCCGCAGUCCCAAGAACAUGCACCUCCGAAAUUUCCACAUCAUCGUCCCCCCCCUGACCCUCAAUUUUGUAGAACAUUCCAUUAGCUGCAAGGAGAAAUUGAAUAAAAAGAAUAAAAUGGGAGCAGCUUUUACCGACGAUGGCUUUGCCAUGGGCGUGGCCUAUAUUCUGAAGCUUCUGGAUCAGUACCAGGAGUUUGAUUCGCUUCACUGGUUCCAGUCUGCCAGAGAGAAAUACCUCAAAGAGAUGAGGGCCGUGGUCAAGCAGCAGAAUGUGCAGUCGACCAGUCAGGACGAGAAACUGAUGCAGACGAUGAAUCUGACUCAGAAGCGCCUUGAUGUCUAUUUACAGGAAUUUGAAUUGCUCUAUUUCUCACUGAGUAGUGCAAGAAUUUUCUUUAGAGCAGACAAGACUGCGGCUGAAGAAAACCAAGAAAAGAAAGAUAAAGAAGAAGAAAAUAAAACAAGCAGUGAAGACCCCGCGCCUGGUAGCAGCAGCUCUGCCCUCACCGAUCCUGUGGUGAAGUGAUUCUGAGGCUGGGUUUGGGGAGUGUCAGGGAACCAGCAUUGUUUACACCGGCGGCUGCAGCUUGGACUUUAGAAACCUUGAGAUACGUGGAUUGCUGAGCAGGCCGGCAUAUCUCUAGACAUGUCAUGUCACAGGCCUCUGUUUGGGGCUGGGCUUUAAAGCUGUGUCCAUUUUAAAGACUUUAAUUUUAGAAGGUGCUGAAAGAAUUUUCAAAAGUUGGUUCUGGUCUAUAGUAGCCUACAGAAUAACAUACUUUUUAAAAAAUGGUUAUGGUUUCAAGUAAAGUUAUAGAAAUGCAAAUCUAAAUUCUUGCUCUGCUAUCUGCAGAUCUCUUGGCAUCCACGUGUAUGAUGGGAUUUUGUGUUUUUAUAGGCUGUGGAGUCAUGAUUUGCAUUAAGUCAGUUAAAGAUUUUCAACUAUUAUGGUAACAAAUUAAAAAUAGAUACUGUGCAUAUCUAGCAAAUAUUUAACUAUAGAGAUGAAUGGUCAAAUUCUAAAAGCAUCUAUGACACUGUAAAGAGACUUAGAAUAAAGCCGUUAUUAUGGCCUGGACUGUUUGGUAAGCUUGAGACAUUGGGUGCCCAUUCGAGCCAGUUUGGGAUCAUCUAUUAGUGACAUGCUGCAUAGACCUACCUGAGCUCUGGAAGCCUGUUGUGAGUCGUUUGACACUCAGUUUACAAAAUUGGAAAAACUCACAUUACAUUAAAUGAUGAUAUUAAAAGUUUGUUUCUUGGUACUCCUAAUUAAGGAAAAUUAAAGUGAGGGCCCAACUUCUUCAGAAACUGGCAAAAGACACUGUGGGUUAGCUCUCAGAAUAGCAGAUGAAAGCUUAUUCCCAUAUUCACACUCAGGUUUCUUUUGUCAGCAAGCCUAAAUUCAAGGGAAAUUUGAAACACACCUUUUCUUUUAACAGGUUAUAAUCCAAGCAGAUUCUCAUGAAAUAAUAUUUGCACUGUGCAGGCAUAAAAAAUGACCACUGUGAGAAUGAGAUAUAAUAACUGAAAUCCCUUAUGGCUUUUAUGGCUUCCAGAGGGUUCGAGUAUCAUUGGCUAUUGGCCAGCUGCUAGUUUUAUUUUUGUCAAGUUGUGCCAGUUAACAACCAAAAGGCCAAUCUUAACACAUUAAAAUGCAUUAAAAAGAUUACUUAGAGUAAAAAGGAAUUUAACUUUCUUAAUGUAACUCAAACUUAAAUCAGGAAUGACUUGAUUUUUAUUGCAUUUGCCUGUCCUAGCAUUUCUUUCAAGAAAUGCUGUAAUUGACUUCAAGGUUGGUCUUUGACUUCCACCCCUUGGAAGCCAUGCAUGGUGUCUUUCCAUCCUCCAUGGACUCAUCGGUGAGAGUCAGUGUUACCUCUUCUGGAAUAAACAUGUUUCAUUUGAAAGUCAAAGGAAGCAUAAGAUGCUGAAUUGUUUUUGCUUCUUCUGUAAACAUGACCUACAUCAUCAUGGAUUGGUAAUCUCCUGAAAGCAUUCAGUCCUUGACUUAUGCGUCAUCCUAACUGCAGAAAUGGCCCUAAAGCAUGCUGCAAAAUUCAUGAACGUUCUUAAAUGAUCCUGCAUUUAAUUGUACCAAAUUAGUUACUGCCUCGCCAUAAUCCCCACAGUAUUGCUGUUCUAACUUUAAACCCAUGGAUGAUGUCUGAUAUCAGCUAAUAGUAAUUGGAGGGAGAAUCGGCUCCUGCCUUUCAGUGGAGGCCCAAAAUAUUGGCAGUUGAAGGCUUCACCAUUACUAGGUCAAGCUUACACUUUGACCUCUGUUCUUAUCUGGCUACCUACCAUUGGGAAGCAGUGGUUUUACUCUCUCCAGUGCUUUGUCUAGCCUGCAGAGGGCUAACAAAUCCACGUGUGGGACCAGAUCGGUGAGAGCAUACCAGAGCACUUGGCUGUGCUUUUUGUUUGCCCGCAGAGCCGUAGGAAGGCGCGUCUUCAUGUCCGUUGGACUUUAACACAGUGAUAGCUUUCCUUGCUAAUUCUCAUAGUAUCAUAUUUUUCUAAUGUAGUAUAAUUUAGGGAUGAAUGUAAGCACUCAUUGUAAGCUCUUUAAUAACAAAGAUAAUCAAGUUCUCAGGAAUUAAGGACCAAGUAUAACAUUGUCUCUUCUAUUUGUUAAAAAAAAGUGAGAAUUUUGUUAACCUUAUUUCUGUUGUCAGCCUCCCUCCCCUCUGCCCUCCCACUUGUGGAGCAGAACACACUCUGUACAUUAAAUUGUGUCAGUAAACUGAAUGAUUUUCAUUCCCCUGAAUGUUUAUGUUCAAAAUUAAAUGUCCUCUAAGAAA